AGAGAGAAAGAGAGAGAGAGAUGGGGAACUGCCAAGCUAUAGAUGCAGCAGCACUAGUGAUACAACAUCCGAAUGGCAGACUAGACAGGAUGUAUUGGUCGGUGACUGCAAGUGAGGUGAUGAAAAUGAAUCCUGGACAUUAUGUUUCUCUUAUAAUUCCCUUGUCUGUUGAUGGUGACGAGAACUCGGAUGGCAAGACAGUGCGGUUCACUCGUGUUAAACUUCUCCGGCCAAGUGAUACUCUUGUUCUUGGUAGAGCUUAUCGCCUUGUCACCUCUCAAGAGGUUAUGAAGGUUUUGAGAGCCAAGAAAUAUGCAAAGAUGAAGAAGAACCCACCCGAAUCGGCUGAGAAGUUGCUAACAGAUCCAGUCAACCAGAGUUCAAGUUGUGAGGUAGAACUAGGAAGGCCUGAGUUGGAGAAAACCAACAUGGUAACUCUCUUCAGCCAAUCAGUCAUUACCCAUAUGAGAAAAUGUUUAAAAUUUGCCAAAUCCUUUGGUGAACAAGCUGCAAUUCAACUAUGUUUCUGACUGAUGAUACUGUUUUUGAAGUUAUUGUUAUUGAAAAAAAAAAGUCUAUCAAGCAGCGCAACCAAGACCUUUUAUACCAAGGAAAUCACGCUUCUACUCUAUUCAACACAGCCGUUAUCCCAACUAUUUAGGGUCGGUUACAUGAAUCCUAUUUUUUCGUUAUCAGUAUCACUGGCUAGUAUCAAAUGAGUACUUCCAUUUUCCUCUAAAUUCAGUCAAUCCCUAACCUGCGAUUCAUAGAAUCCAAGGGAUUUGCUGGUAUUUCCUUUAGUAGUGGCCUAAAAAAAAUAUACCAGUUCUAAAAAUGCAUACAUGAUUGAAGAAAGUUUAUUCAUUUUUGUCACUGAACACUUAUCCUAGAAUGACAUUUGAAAAAUUCAGGAGAUGAGACACGAAAGACAUCGACAGAGGCCAUCAGGAUCAACAAACUUAGCAGCAGGGUCAAAAUCAUGGCGCCCUUCGUUGAAGAGCAUCUCUGAGGCUGGAAGCUAAUGAUCAUGGUCGCGAUUUGUUGAUAAUGAAUCGUUCAAUGCUGGAAACAUAGAUAAUGUAAAUCUAUUGAAGUCUGGUUCCAAAAAUUCCUAUACCAGCGUCAACGACAAGUGUUUGAGCCAAUGUGAGUAAUAAACCUCUGUAUAGAUGAGAAAAUUGCAAUUGGGUUGACACUGUUUCACGACAAACAUUCCAUAAUGGAAUUAAAAUUGCCUCCACAUUUUCCAUUUCCUUAGUUGAUAUAGCAGAAAAAGAUGAACACAAAAAAGAAGAUU